UUCUUCUUUCUGUGAUCUUCGAGCACGGAAGGUUGUUUCAAUGCCGUUACUUGAGGAGGGUCGUAGCCUCGCCGGCUAUACACUUGAUGACGUUUUGGCUAACAAUAGAUUUGGACCGCCGGCCUCUGCAACUGCAAGGGCUGCCGAAAUCCGAGGCCGAACCCUACUCGACGUGAUCCGCGACGAGGAGCCAAGCGCCGCCAAGGGGCUUUUCGGAAAGGACAAAAGGACAUGGAAGUCUUUUAGGGAGAAACUCCGAUUGAAGCGCGCCGGCUCUGCUUGGGUCUCCACAGUUCCGAUUCCGACCUCCGAUAUGCCUUUUCAACCUAAGCGAUCCCUAAUGGGGAAGCGGAGUCAAGUCCGGUUCAACACGCCUUCGUCGCGAAACUCCACCGAUCAUUCCGCUCGUAAUCCGUCUGAAGAAUCCUCCAAAUCCAUUCGCCGUCAAGUAUCUCGACAGAGUUCCACAAUGAACAGCUCCAGCGAUUCGACUCCGUUCCAAUACGACGAGUCCUUUGAUUAUUCAUCCAUUCCGGAUUCAGCGCCGAGUCGAAUGAGGCCGCAAAUGUCGCGUCACACCUCAAUCCGGAUCCCAAAUCCAACGGAGAACUACACCGAUCUAACUGAACCAGAUCACGAUAACCGAGUCCGACAUAUAAGCUCCGCCUUCUCGGAGCGGAGAAUGAUGUCCGCUAGAGAAACCGUAGCAGCACAAGAAGCAGCCGAUGCAGCCGCCGCCGCCGCCGCAGCGGAAGCUGCAGAAGAAGAGGAAGAGAAAGAGAAAGAACAAAACGAAGACGAAAAUGAAAACGUAGAAUCAACAACAGGAUCGGAGGAAGGGGAGAAGGAGUCACCUACGUCGGAGCCGGUAAGGAUGUCGUUGAUGGAUCUGUUGCACGAGACGGACAGAGAAAUGGGGUUCGAAGGGUCGAAUUACGGAAUGGGGUUCGAAGAAGAUGGCUUCUCCGAUGAGGAAGACGUUGCAUACGAAGAAGAAGAUGAAGACGAUGGUAGUGGCGGAGAAUUCAGCUGCUGCGUUUGCAUGGUGAAGCAUAAGAACGCGCCAAUGGCGGCAUGCGGCCAUACAUUUUGCAGGCUCUGUUCGAAGGAGCUUAUGGUUAGCCGCGGGAACUGUCCCACUUGCAGCGAUUUCAUCUUGGAAAUGCUCGAGGCUUUUUAAUUCUUCUUCCUUACCACCAAUUGUUUGAGGAUUUUAAUGUGUUUCUUUUUGCCCCCACAAAGAUUAGUUCCAUGUAAAGGGAGAGUUUCAAUCUUUUA